CGUCAAAAUAAAAACACGCGAGUUUUGAUCUUGCGAACGCAUUGCUCAUUCCUUGCAGCGGUUGCCUCAUAAUGUGGAAAUUAUAGUAUUUAUUUAAAAUUGAACUCAAAAUUCCAGUAAUACAUCGUCUAAAAUAUAUAAAUUGAUAUAAACAUCGGUGUGCUAAUCAACAAACACAAUGGUGAAGGCAAUGAACGGAACAAUGCCCCUAAAGAAGGGGCUUAAAACAGUGCUGAAGAAAUUCCGCGAUCACACGAAAAAUCCGGAGGUUUUCUUAACAGCUCAAACGACACGAGCAGAAAAGAUUAAGGCGUUGGUAAAAUCGCUGUACGAUUAUGGCCAAACGCUGGAUUCGAACGAGCAUCUCGAGGGCAGUAAGCCCUAUCUUGACGAGCUAGUCGUUGACGAGAUGGACGAGGAGCAAAUCUGGCAGCAGCUGGAGUUAAUGAAUGAGCAUCUGUUGGGUGACGAUCUUCCGAAGACGUCCAAGUUGCUGUCGGUUAGCGAGAAGCGACUUCAGUUGCCCUUCCGCACAGACAACGACGAAGAUAUCGAUGGUCAGCAGGAAGAUGAAGAGAUGGCCAGUGAAGACGAUUUGGAGGAACAGGAAGAAGUGACUCCGAGGAAGCCUAAGAAAAAGGCGAACAAAUCCGGAGAAAAGAAAUCUAAAAAGAAGAAAUCUAUUGUGGAUGAUGAGUUCUUCAAGCUGGAGGACAUGGCACGCUUCUUGGAUGAGGAAGAUGCGCGUGAAAUGAGACGACAGGCUGGUAAACCGGAGAAGAAUCCUUUGAUAGAAAUCGAUUACUUCAAUGAAAAGGCUGGCGAAGAUGAGGAUAGCGACGAAGAAGACAUGAAGUACGCUGACUUCUUUGAACACGACGAGGAUGAGGAUGAGAGCGGGGAAGAGGAAGAUGAUGGUUAUGGACACUCCGAUGGCGGAGAAAAUGAUGAAAACGAAGAAGAACAAGAUGAGCAGGACGAUGAAAAGGAUAGCCAGGAUAAUGAUUCUGAAGCUGAAGAAGUCGAAGAAAAGAUAGAAGACGAUGACUCCGAGGAUGAAAUGGAACGAAACCGACGGUUGCGGUUUGAGCUUUAUAGUAACUCCGGUGAUUUCAUGCCUGGAAGUUAUACUUCAAAACCAGAUGAACCGCUUUCGAAAUCGGAUGAAGACGAUGAUGGAGAGAACGAAAAAGAGGAAGAACAAGUAAAAGAGGUUGAAAAGGAAGAACAGGAAAACGGCCCGAAGUCGUCUUUUGAACUGAGACAAGAGAAAUUACAGCAGAAGAUUCAUAAAAUGGAAAGUCAAAUGCUGCAGGAUAAGCCAUGGCAAUUGAAAGGAGAAAUUUCGGCAGACACUCGACCGCAAAAUUCCCUGCUAGAAGAGGUACUGGAAUUCGAAUCGACUACUCGUCCUGCUCCGGUUGUGACCGAAGAAACCACCAUGCGUCUCGAAGACAUCAUCAAGCAGCGGAUAAAGAACAAAGCGUACGAUGAUGUGGAGCGUAAGAUACGCCCACCAGACAAUCCUCGAGAAUACCGUAAACAGCUGGUACUCGACUCGGAAAAGAGCAAGGAAUCAUUGGCCCAAAUUUACGAAAAGGACUAUCUCAAGCGGCUGAAAGAUGUCAACCCUGAUGCUCAAGAAACCGAAGAGGAAGAACCCAAAGAGCACAAGGAAAUACGCAACAUAAUGAAAACUCUGCUUGCGCAGUUGGAUGCCCUGUCGAACUUCCACUACACUCCGCGCCCAGCCGUUCCGGAUCUAAAGAUAAUCACCAACACUCCGGCCAUCAACAUGGAAGAAGUCGCUCCGGUGGCCACGAGCGAUGCCACGCUUCUCGCACCGGAAGAGGUACACAACCGACCGAAAGGCGACGUCAUGGCCAAAGGAGAGCGGACCAAAACCGAUAAGAAUCGCGAACGGCGGUUGAAGAAGCGCUUCCAGCGGGAAAAGUUCCAACGCCAGGCGGAAAAGGAGCAGAAGCAGCUGGAGAAGGGCUACAAACCGAAGGGCAAGGACCUGCAGGAGAAGGUACUGAAGAAGGUGUCGCAGGCGAAGAACGUCAGCACAAUGGCGGAAACCAAGGGAGUGUCCAAGUCGUCGACCGCAUUUUUCUCGCAGUUGCAGGAUGAAGUCAGUUCCCAGAUUAAGAGCAAGACGGAUCCGGGUCGAAAGAAAAAUAAGAAGAAUGCUGGAGUGCUAGCCACGCAUAUCAAGCUGUAAGUGUUAUGUAAGUACAAUGUUGAUUCAAUUAUAUAGUAGGAAGAUUAAAA